AUGACCAGCUCUGCAUCCACCGCCACGCUCGUCAAAGACGGCCCGAUCUACCGGGGACCAGCUACCGCUUCGAUCCGGCCGCAACGCCCACGCCGCCGAAGGCCAGCGCUCGCCAAACCGCGCUCGGCAGCGGAACUGUACGGCCACGCCGUAACAGGACAGCAGCAACCGUUAACCCUUGGGAGAGAAGUCCGGCCUCGAAGGCGGACACGCGAACCGGCAACCAACAACCAGCUAACCAGCGUUCCAGCCGAGCAGCAGCAGCAGAUCUUCAAAAGUAGGUCGUCGAGGUUCCCUCGCAGGUGCGACCAACCACGUGCUCGAGUCCCGUCCGGUGCUAACCGGAGAGCAGCAACAGCAGCAGCAGCAAGUGAUGACGUCGUAGACGCCGUCCGCAGCGAAACACCGACCACCAAACCACCGAGUUUCUUCGAAACCGUCGAUCAGCAGCAGCAGAACAGGUAUCGAGACGACCACGUGAUCGUCGACCGCGAACGCCAAGCAAACCGUGAGUAAAGCAUGCUUUAAGUGAUAAGUCCAUGGCACACUU